UCAUUGAAUAUCCAGCAGGUGGCGGUAAUGCAACCUAUUAACUGGUUUGCCAACCGCCAAAAACGUUUAAGGAGAAGAAGAACGUUAGCAUGAUGCUGAACUAGGAAACUUGUUCAGAUCUAAACAGGAGGAGAAUUAAAGACCUCUGUCCUACAGUCCCAAAGUCAUCCUGAUCAUCUUCUUGUAUACCAAGCGAGCUGAUCCUUCUUGUUACAUUCCACUCCUGCUUUUCCUAAAAACUUAUCAUUCUUGGUUUUGAAAAUACUUCCACCUCCUGCUUUUGCUCUCUUCCUUUGUUUAGUUCUAUUCCUUCCCUCCCCUUCAUCAUGACUGAACCAGAGCUGCUCACAGAGGUCCCUGCCUCUCUGAAACGGCUGGCGAAGCAGGUUGUGCGAGGUUUCUAUGGCAUCGAGCAUGCUCUCGCUCUAGAUGUGCUGAUCCGGAACCCCUGCGUACGUGAAGAGGACAUGCUGGAGCUGCUCAAGUUCGACCGCAAGCAGCUACGUUCGGUUUUGAACACACUUAAGGCUGACAAGUUUGUCAAAUGCCGUAUGCGUGUGGAGACUGCACCCGACGGCAAGACGACACGACACAAUUACUAUUUCAUUAACUACCGGCUGCUGGUUAAUGUGGUGAAGUACAAGCUGGACCACAUGCGCAGACGCAUUGAGACGGACGAACGGGACUCAACUAACAGAGCUUCCUUCCGCUGCCCCUGCUGCAUGAACACGUUCACUGACCUUGAGGCCAACCAGCUGUUUGACCCCAUGACUGGAACGUUCCGCUGUACCUUCUGUCAAACAGAAGUAGAGGAGGACGAAUCGGCCGUGCCAAAGAAAGAUGCCCGCACUCUGGUAGCUCGAUUCAAUGAGCAGAUCGAGCCCAUCUAUGUAUUGCUACGAGAGACAGAGGACAUCAACUUGUCCCAUGAUCUGCUGGAGCCCGAACCCUCAGAAAUCCCAGCCCUAAAACAGAGUCGGGAGCGGGCCGCCCUAGCGGCAGCAGGAGCUGGUGCAGGGGCACCUGGUCGGGAAGUAUGGAAAAACAAAGGCUCAUCGUAUGACCUCUACUCGCAGGAUGUGGUCAUCAGCAUGGAAGACCAGGAGCCUCAACCUGGCCAGACUAGUGAGGGAAAAGCCCCCAAAGAGAGGCCCGUGUGGCUGACGGAAAGCACAGUGCAUGGGGCGUACAGUGAGACAGAUGCUGGGAAGCCACCUGUCGAGGACUCUAUAGUAACCCAGGAGGGGAUGACUGGACAAGGAGCCGCACAGGAUGAGAAUGAGGAGGUGAUGCUGGCUCUCCUCAUUCAUGAGAAGAGGACUGGAGUUGGUCCAGGAGGUGCUGUCGUCUCCAGACCGACCGUUCCAGCAGCUAAUGCCAGCGACUCUGACAGCGAUACCAGUGAAUCGGAUGAGGACACGCCACCCAAGGCUCCAGCGCACACUUUGCACAAUGCUACAGCCCUGCGGCCAGGAAAACCACAUGAGGAGGACGACGAAGAUGAUGAUGAUGAUGAGUUUGAGGAGGUUGGGGAUGACCCUGUGGUUAUGGUAGGGGGAAGACCCUUCUCUUACAGGGAAGUGAGCCAGAGACCUGAGCUGGUGGAACAGAUGAGCGCUCAGGAGAAAGAGGCGUACAUUGAGAUGGGCCAGAACCUCUUCCAGGACAUGUACUUCUGAGUUCAUCUUGUCUGCCGGCAUCACAUGCGGUUUGUCUUUCUCACUUUUGGCUGUCGUUGUUUUUUUUUUUGUUUUUUUUGUCACAAAAUAGUUUCAAUCAGUCUUCUUUGCACACUCUUAAACAGUGUUGUGCGGCGUGCCAGAGCUGAGAAAUGUAGUGUUACAGUAUAUCUGUUAACCAUUCUCCUUUUUUCUCACCCCUCUGCCAUAUUCACAUACUCUGGUGCCAAUGAUAUCGAAGUAUCACAGUUGUAAACUGGAGUAUCAUACAUUGGCAAACACGUGGCGCUACUUUUCUGGUUUGUUUGCGGUCUUGCCACAUUCAAAGACUUCCAAA